AUGAGCGCGAUGGGCAGGCGCCUUCGGCUGAUGUGCCGCAAGACGGAGUUCUGCCGCUUCUACAGGCAGGGCGCCUGCAAGCGCGGAGCGGCGUGCGACUUCGCGCACGAAGCGCAGGACGUGCGGUCGAAGCCGGACCUCCAGCGCACGAAGUCGUGCCCUGCCCAGGUGAACGGCCAGCGCUGCGAGAAUCCCACUGCCCCUUCGCACAUGCCGCCGGGGAGCUUCGCAGGUUCAAGCCGGGGCUGCGCGCCUCGGAUGGGUGCGCCGCUGCAGAGGGAAAGGGAGCGGGCCGGGCCCUCUGCGCUGAAGCCGUCGGCGGCAGGUGCAGCACCAUCGGCAGCAACGGCAGCUCCCGCGGCCGGGCGAAUUCUGGCGUGA